AGCAAAAAAAAAAAACCAAAAAAAAAAGAAGAGAAAAGAUUCUAUAUUAUUAUUAUAUAUAUAAAAAUAUAAAAUGUGUUCGUUUGAGAGAGGAGAGAUGUUGCUGUGACCAUGGCGUGGUCCCUUUGAUGCCUUAUCCUGGAGCAGGUCGGCCCCUCUGGGGCGCGCCGGACGAUGCCCGAGCUCCCCUUCCCUCCCCAGGUCCCAUUUCCCAUCAGAGCCCCCGACCCCUCCCGGGCUGUCGGCGCUUUGCUUUGAGGCGACUCUGUAAUUCCUUUGGCAUUCUCGGGGGGAGAUCCCGCUGGAUUUUUCACCCUUGGACUCCCACUGCCCUCCCCUGCCUUGGCAGGUGUUGUUUUUAUUUUUUUUUCUUGGAUCUUGGUUUUUUCCAGCCGUUUUCUUGGCAAGGCUCCCUGUCCCGUGGGAGUGCAGUUGCUCCAUGGGAAGGUCGUGGACAGAGGGGCUGGGACGCAGCCCUGGGGGGACAACUGGAGCCUCCUCGGGGGGAAAAGUUGAUUUUUUUUAUUACAGCCAGCAUUGGAAUUAAUAAUAAUUAUAGUAAUAAUCGGGAAAAAGGAGAAUCUGCGGAGCUCAGCCGAUCUGGAGCGAGGGGGAAGCACCGCAGGGACACGAGGGACACUCGAGGGUUUUGUUGUGGCACCGCUGGAGGUGGUUCCUGACAAAAAAAAAGGGUGCUGGAAAUAGGGACAGUUUGGAGAAAAAACCCCCAAAAAGGGUUUUGCAGGAUCCUGCUCCUCCCGCCGGGGGAGGGCUCGGUCCUUUCCGUUCUUCCUCCCACACCCUCCUCUUCCUGCCCCAGCCGCAUCCCGGCUGCCCUGCCCGGGGCUGGGGGAUGCAGGGAGUGCAUCCCCAAAAGGAAACCUGGGGUUGUUCCCAGGCGCAGCUUUGGGGAGAGCCCAGCAGGGCCUGAGCGGGUCAGGAGCCCAGGAGGGGACCCAGAACUUCCCUGCUCCCAUUUUGGGGUCGGUGCAGAGGGGAGCCCCCCACCCCGGGAUGGCCGCUGAUCCAUGAAUCCCCCCUGCCCCGGGCCAUCCCCACCUUCCCGGGGCAUCCCAUCCCCACCUGCCCCAGGGCAUCCAUCCCCACCUUCCCUGGGGCAUCCAUCCCCACCUGCCCCAAGGCAUCCAUCCCCACCUUCCCGGGGCAUCCAUCCCCACCUGCCCCGGGGCUUUCCCACCUGCCCAGGGCAUCCAUCCCCACCUGCCCCAGGGCAUCCAUCCCCACCUUCCCCUGGCCAUCCCCACCUUCCCAGGGCAUCCAUCCCCACCUGCCCCAAGGCAUCCAUCCCCACCUGCCCCGGGGCAUCCAUCCCCACCUGCCCCGGGGCAUCCAUCCCCAACUUCCCGGGGCAUCCAUCCCCACCUUCCCGGGGCAUCCAUCCCCACCUGCCCGGGGCUUUCCCACCUGCCCCAGGGCAUCCAUCCCCACCUUCCCGGGCCAUCCCCACCUUCCUGGGGCAUCCAUCCCCACCUGCCCCAAGGCAUCCAUCCCCACCUGCCCGGGGCAUCCAUCCCCACCUGCCCAGGGCAUCCAUCCCCACCUGCCCCAGGGCAUCCCCACCUGCCCAGGGCAUCCAUCCCCACCUGCCCCAGGGCAUCCAUCCCCACCUUCCCGGGCCAUCCCCACCUUCCCGGGGCAUCCAUCCCCACCUGCCCCGGGCUGUUCUCACCUGCCCCGGGCCAUUCACUCCCACCUGCCCCGGCCUGUUCUCACCUGUCGGGGCCGUUCCCAGGGGCAUUGGGGCGCUGUCCUCGCCAGGGCAGGUGGAGAGCAGCCGCCCCGCAGCCCCUCAGUGCUUCCGUGUCCCGCUCCCCGUUGUCCCGGGAGAAGCUGCAGCCGAGCCAGUAGCCCGGGGAGGAGCCGGAGUCCCUGGGGCCAGCAGGAGCUGCCCCGGCUGCCCCAUCUCCAUUCCGAGCUUUGCCCCGCUCGCUCGGCAGCUCCGGGAGCCGGCGGGAAGCAGGAAUCUUGUUUUGAUUUGGAGGGGGUUUUUUUGUAAAAAACACGCAAAAAAAAAGGAAAGGCAGCAGAAGCUCCCCGGGGAGGGGGCGCAGGGCCCGGCCCCCCCAGCCCCCCCCGGCUCUCUCUCUCGAUAUCUAUUUUUGCAUUUGUAUAUUUUUAUAUAGGAAACUUUAAGCAUUUGUAUUUUAAUAACCCUGUGAAGCACUAUGAGCUCCCCCGGACCCCCCCCCCCCAGCCCGAAAUCCACAAAGGAUUGGGACAAAAACCAGGAGGUUUCUUAAUUUAAUGGUCAAUUUGGUGAUUUUACCCCCGCCCCGACGCCCCCCGAGCCUAGCUCUGUCCCCAGGGGGGAUCAAGUGCCAAACCCCACCCCGGCUCCGGCGUUGGGACGUCCCCGGCGUGUCCCCUCCCGGUGAUGUCCCCGGUGUCCCCUCCCUGCGCAUGGAUUGUCCCCAGGGAGCUCGGCUUUCCCAUGGGAACGCAGCCGCGAGGGAGGGGGACCCCAGGGACCCCCGGGGGGCUCUCUCAGAGCCUGGGCUGCUCCCCUGCGGUGUUUUGGGGGGAUCAGAGCGUUUUGGGGGGAUCAGAGCAUUUUGGGGGGCAUCAGAGCAUUUU